AUCUUCGCGACCAAGCAGACUCCGUCCUCUUCAUCCUAUCCUCUCGCUAUGACUCUCUCUGUAGCCACCGCUCGCACUGAGCUACAGCAGCGCGUUCCUUCCGCCGCCGCGUCCGUGGGCGUCGUCACCAUCUGCGGCGGUGGCAAUGGUGCUCACGUGGCGGCCGUCUACUUGUCGUCUAAAGGUCUGCGCGUACAGGUGCUGACGCGCCAACCUGAGCGUUGGGCGCAGACGCUGGAGUUGAGCACGACUGGCAGCAGCUGGGAGUCCAAGGGCGUUAUUACGGGCCGUCUGAGUCUGGUUUCCAAGCACGCGAAGCACGUCAUCCCGCAGUCCGACGUGGUGAUCGUAGCAGCGCCCGCCAAUGCGCAUCCGACCAUCCUGGAGCACGUGGCGCCCUACCUCAAGAAGGGAGUCAAGCUGGGCGCGCUGUUCGCCCAGGGAGGCUUCGAUUGGGCCGCCAAGAAGGCGCUCGGCGAGGAGAAACUUGCCAACGUGGACCUGCUCUUCGGUCUGCAGAACAUCCCGUGGAUCUGCAAGGCCACCGAAUACGGUCACAAGUGCCGCAUCAUUGGCCCCAAGCAGUGCCUCUACGUGGCUUGCUACCCUGUGGAACGUAAGGAUGAGGCGGCGACACUCAUGCAGACGCUCUUCGAUAUCCCGUGCAAGACUGUGGCCAAUUUCCUGAACCUGACCCUCACGCCGUCCAACCAGAUCAUCCACCCGGCUCGCUACUACGCGAUCUUCCGGGACUGGGAUGGCAAGAAGACCUACACUCACGAGGAGCUUAAGAAACGCGAGGGUCUUACGCUGUACGCCGAUUUCGAUGAGUUCUCGGCGGAGCAACUGACGAUGCUGGACAACGAGCUGCAGCAGGUUAAGUACGCUCUUCUGCAGCGCUUUCCUGCGCUUGACCUCUCGGAUGUGCUGCCCAUGGGAGAGCGCGUGGUGAAGCAUUACGGCAAGGACGUGACGGAUCGCUCCUCGCUCCUUCAGAUCUUCCGCACGAACCUGGGCUAUGCUGGCUGUGCGACGCCGCUAACGGAGGUGUCGAAGGGCCAAUUUCACCCAGCGGUCAACUCGCGUCUGUUCUGGGAGGAUAUCCCUUACGGUCUGUGCAUUCUCAAGAACAUGGCGGAGAUGCUGGGCAACUUCCCCACUCCUCGUAUCGACUUUAUGAUCCGCUGGCACCAGCAACACAUGGGAGUGGAGUUCCUGAACCCCGAUGGUCAGUUGAAUGCCCGUGAGCUGUGGCGUACAGGCGCGCCCAACAAGUACGGCAUCCACAGCCUCGAGGACCUGGUGUCAACGUCGCUGCCUAAGGAAAUGCGCAACUACCGUCACCCGAGAUCGCGCAUUUAGAGUAAAAGGGAGUUGGAGAUAGUGGCUUGAGCAUUCGGUGUUGAAAGCCUUCGUCUGGAAUACCUGAAAAUACUACCAUCUUGUGUAUAGGACCCGAAGCUACGUCUAGUUAUCCCUAUUAGAUGAGGCAAUAUGAAUUCGUUUUAGGCGCCACAGCAGCUCUGGAAAGCUGGAACGUACUGCUGGAUCAUCAAGUGGGCGUCGUCCCUGCCGUAGGCCUCCAUCGUCUCCAGUGCUUCAGUCACGAGCUCCUUUGUGGCACUAUCGCCAGUGCCGAGGUGUUUGUCUUGCAGGAUGUUGCACAAUGGCAGUAGCGAUCGAUAGUAAUCCGCCAACGCAGAUCCGACACCCUCACACACUGCCAACUGCUGUAGAAUCAGUAGGACACGGUGCACCACAACCUUCUCGCGGGUGCUUAGAGCGCUCUUGAGCUGCUGGACCACCUGGGGCAAUGCCUUCAACACUCGAGUGUCGCGUCGACCGCUCUCCAGUAGCCCCAUUGCAGCAUCGAACGCAAACGACGGAUACGGCUCCAGUGUCUCUUGUAGGCCACUAAGGCAGAUCGGGAGGAAGUGCGCGAAGUCGAGCUGCUCCAAGUUUGCUAUCCACGUUACGCGACGCACUCCAUGACGAGUCUCGAUUAAGAGGGGCAGAUCUUCCUUCUCGAGAUACUGACGGAACUCACUGAGCUUGGGCUUCUUGGACCUUCCUCCUGAAGUGCUGGGGCGGGAAGACCCCGCGCUCGAAGUAGACCUACCGCCCUCAUUGGUGUCAAAGGAGAUAACUUGGCUGUCACCUGCGCGGCCUCGAGACGCCAUCGCUUGAGAGUCGUCUCGCAAUGGUCGCUGUGCGACUUUUGCCAGGCUAAUUCAGAAGUGACCGACGGGUCACUUGAUGGCAAUCGCGUACUAUUGGGAAUUACAGACAAUGUUAAAAGCACCGUACAAGUACACGGUGUACAAUGAGCUUUCCCCAACACAGUCAGCCGAGCAACUUCAACGACUGUCGUAACCAAACAUAAUGAUGGCAAAAUUUGCCAUCAAUGAUCCGUGUCAGCAAUAUACAUUACCGCUCGACGGUGCUGCUGUCUACAUACGGCAUGUGUGUUUGUCGCCACUUCGAACGCUAUGCAAGUAGACAGUGAAGACAUUUGCAGCUGAAUCCACACUUUUCCAUCGUAAAAAACAGCUUGUGCUACUACUGUAGCACUCGUCUAGACCGUGGUGCACAGGGUGAAUGCAAAUAACUAGAUUGGGUCACGUACAGUAGCCACCACCAGCGUGAGCUUGGAGACUGGAGAAUUCAUCUGGACGAUCUCCAUCGUUGUCUGCAUGUGUGGUGCCAUGCGCCUCGUUGCUUUGAUACUGUUUUUGCUCUUCUUUCAGCUCUUUUAGCUGCUGUUUGAUCUGCUUUUGUUGCUGCUUGAAAAGUAUCGAUAUGUUGUGGAAUGCAACCUGGCGUAAUGCGUUAACUUGGUUGGUAGCCUUCCGCUUAUUACUGCAAUUCACCUGAUCGUAGUAACA